CUGAAUGACAAUUGUUUGAAUAAGUAAACGUAGCGUAAAUAAUAAGAGCACGUUUUGUUGUAAAUAUUACGUAUUUAACUGGAAUUCAGAAUUUCUUGAGUCGAUAUUUUUCAUUAUCGCAGGAAUGAGGCAAAAUACACCACCAUCGUCACCGUUUUUUGAAAGAGAUGACAUGAACGAUGAUCAUGAAAUUGAUGGAGAAGAUGACGAAUUGAUAUACAUUGGUGAUGUAUUAGACGCCUUUGAAGCUGAAAGUGAUGAUGAAAAUAAUGGUGGGCCAAAUAAUGCCAGUAUCGACGAAGAAUAUAUACCACCCCGAGAUGAUGCUGUUUUAACAUUUUCGUCGCAUAGUGGGCCCGUGUUUUGUGGUUCACUUCAUCCAACUGAAAAUUUAGCUGUAACAGGUGGCGAAGAUGAUAAAGCAUAUGUUUGGUCGACUGACACAGGAAAUGUAGUACAUGCCGUUACGGGCCAUAAAGAUUCAGUUAUUGCAACUGAAUUCAGCACCGAUGGAAAUUAUUUGGCAACUGGUGAUAUGGCUGGGUACAUUCAAGUCUUUAAAAUGUCACUGGAUUUCACAAAAGUAUGGGAAUUCGAAAUGGGAGAUAUGAGCUGGAUGCACUGGCACAUUGCAGCAAACGUUUUGUUUGCUGGUUCGGAGACAGGUGAAACAUACAUAUGGCGAAUACCAUCCGGUGAUUGUAAAGUACUUCAAGGUAACGGAAGCAAAUCGGAAAUUGGUCAUUUGACAGCCGAUGGUAAAAGUUUAAUCGUUGGAUAUGCAGACGGUUGUGUGAAACUAUGGGACAUCAAAUCGAGUACAGUCAUUCAAAAUUAUGAAGAAAAUACGGCACUUGGACACAGCGGAUCGAUAACAACCAUUGCAACGGAUCCAGACAACGGACGAUUUUUUACGGGCAGCGAAGAUGGCAAAAUAAUGAUAGCGAAUUGCAAAGGUCCAUUGAUUAAUUGUUUUCCAAGUGGGGGCUCAGUUGAAGCACUCGCUUUUUCAAACGACAAAGAAGUUGACAUGAAACUUGUAGCAUGUGGCACACUCGAGGGAAACGUUUCAUUAUGGGAUGUAAACAGACAAGCAAUCCGAUUUGAAUGCCAAAAUGAAGAACCAGCCGGAAUUACGAAAAUCGUUUGGGGACCGAAGUUUACCGUACUAUGUGCUACAUUGGAUGGAUCCAUACGAAUUUUCGACGGUAAAUAUGGUUUAUUAGAAAUAGUAGUUACAAACAUUUAUAAAGUAAGAAACUUUAGGUUCAUCAAAUACAUAGCUAUAAAACAAAUCAUAAAUUAAGAACAAUUUGCAAAU